AAAAUUCCGUAUGCUUUCAAUUUUAUUUUCCCAUUGAAUUUAAUAUUUGAGUGAUUGGCAAGAUUUUUUAUCAUUUUCUCAAUUCUAAGCAUAAUUUGCAUUUUCCCUAAAAAUUUUGCUUCCAGUUUAGCUUCGAUCGUGGUCGGAGACGCUUGAUUUUUGCGAGGAACUGGAAUUUCCAUAAUUCCAAUUGUACUGGAAUGUGAAUGGUGGAUGCAAUUUUCAAUGUGAAUUUGUUGUUUGUUUCAAGGGAGGUUUGGUGAAUUCAGAGGAAAAUGGGGGUUAUGUCCAGGCGAGUUGUCCCCGCCUGUGGUAACCUCUGUGUUUUCUGUCCUUCUCUGCGGGCAAGAUCAAGGCAACCCGUGAAGCGUUACAAGAAGUUGAUUACUGAUAUCUUCCCGCGUAAGCAGGUUGCUGAACUUAAUGAUAGGAAAAUUGGAAAGCUCUGUGAGUAUGCUUCUAAGAAUCCAUUGAGAAUUCCCAAGAUUACUGAAAACUUGGAGCAAAGAUGUUAUAAGGAUUUGCGCAAUGAAAGCCUUGGCUCAGUGAAAGUUGUGUUGGGCAUAUACAGGAAAUUGUUAUCCUCAUGUAAGGAGCAGAUGCCGCUAUUUGCCAACAGUUUAUUAGAGAUCAUUCGGACUCUUUUGAAGCAAACUCGAGCAGAUGAGAUGCAGAUCUUAGGUUGCAACACUCUUGUUGAAUUUAUUGACUGCCAGACAGAUAGUACAUGCAUGUUCAACUUAGAGGUUUUUAUCCCGAAACUAUGUCAAUUGGCUCAAGAAGCUGGAGAUGAUGAACGAGCUCUGCUUUUACGUUCUGCUGGACUUCAAGCUCUAUCCUAUAUGGUGCAGUUCAUGGGUGAGCACUCACAUCUUUCCAUGGAUUUUGACAAAAUUAUUUCAGCGAUAUUGGAGAAUUACAUGGAUCUCCAAUCCAAAUCCGACCUUGGCCAGGUAGAGAAUCUGAAUUCACAAUCUCAAAACCAGUUGGUUCAAGGAUUUCCUAAAGAAGAAGACCAUCUACAUUAUUUACCAGAUGUCACCAAGAAGGAUCCUUCCAUGCUGCAUGUUGUGGCAGGAACUGAGAAAGAGUCCAAGUUGGGUAUUACUAUUGCUAAAGAUCCUGGUUAUUGGUCAAAGGUUUGCUUGUAUAAUAUAGCCAAAUUGGCAAAGGAAGCUACAACUGUGCGGCGUGUCCUGGAACCUCUGUUUCACAAUUUUGAUAUGGAAAACCGUUGGUCUUCUGAAAAGGGGGUUGCUUAUUGUGUUUUGAUGUAUUUGCAAUCCCUUUUAACAGAAUCAGGUGAUAACUCCCAUCUUCUGUUGACCAUUUUGGUCAAGCAUUUGGAUCAUAAGAAUGUUGCAAAGCAGCCUAUCCUUCAGAUUGAUAUUAUUAAAACAACCACACAGCUUGCACAAAAUGUGAAGCAUCAGACUUCAGUUCCAAUCAUUGGUGCAAUAUCUGACCUCAUCAAACGUUUAAGGAAGUGCCUACAAAAUUCAGCUGAAGCAUCCAGCAUAGGAAAUGAUGCAUUUAAGCUUAAUACUGAACUUCAGUCUGCCUUAGAAAGGUGUAUAUUACAACUUUCGACAAAGGUUGGGGAUGUAGGACCAAUUCUUGAUUUGAUGGCCGUGGUGCUAGAGAGUUUCUCCACGAAUCCUAUCACAGCAAGAACAACAAUGUCUGUUGUCUAUCAAACUGCAAAAUUAAUCACUUCCAUUCCCAAUGUGUCAUAUCACCAGAAGACUUUCCCUGAUGCCUUGUUUCACCAAUUGCUACUGGCCAUGGCUCAUCCCGACCACGAAACACAAAUUGGAGCGCAUAGUGUAUUCUCUAUGGUGCUUAUGCCAUCCAUGGUUUCUCCUUGGUUAGACCAAAAAACGAUUGCUAAGAAGGUACAGAGUAACAGCUUCUCCAAUGAAAGUUUUUCCGGAGAAGAACAUUUGAAUGGAAAGGUGGUUGAAGAAAAGCUAAUAGUAGGUGUUAGUGGGAAGAAGUUUUUCACUCCUGUGCUAACUGAUGGAAAAGAAGAUCUAAGUUCUCUUAGGUUGAGCAGUCACCAAGUGAGUCUCUUGCUCUCUUCAAUCUGGGUUCAGGCAACAUCCGUGGACAAUAUCCCUGCAAGCUAUGAGGCAAUGGCACACACUUACAGCAUUGCUUUAUUGUUUACUCGUUCUAAGACAUCCAGUUACAUGGCUUUGGUAAGAUGUUUCCAAUUGGCAUUCUCCCUCAGAAGCGUAUCUUUGUACCAAGAAGGAGGCUUACAGCCAUCUCGUAGGAGGUCUCUUUUUACCUUGGCUUCGUACAUGCUUAUAUUCUCUGCAAAGGCAGGCAAUUUCCCUGAUCUAAUUCCAAAAGUUAAAGCGUCCCUGACAGAGGCAACAGUAGAUCCUUUUCUUGAACUAGUCGAUGAUAUUCGGCUGCAGGCUGUUUGUAUAGAAUCAGAGAGGAUAGUUUAUGGUUCUCAGGAAGAUGAAGUUGCUGCUAUGAAGUCACUUUCAGCUGUAGCAUUGGAUGACAAGCUGUUGAAAGAGACUGUAAUAUCAUACUUUCUGACUAAAUUUGCAAAAUUAUCUGAGGAUGAGUUGUCCAGCAUAAAGAAUCAACUUCUACAGGGUUUCUCCCCAGAUGAUGCAUAUCCAUCGGGACCUCCCUUGUUUAUGGAGACACCAAGGCAUUGCUCUCCACUUGCUCAGAUUGAGUUCCUAGAUUUUGAUGAGAUAAUGGGUCCAGAUGAUUUGAUGAAUGAAGAGACUGGGCCUGAACCUAGUGGCAGUCUGUCAGACCGCAAAACAUCACUUUCAUCCAACCACCCUGAUGUUUUAGGAGUUAAUCAACUCUUGGAAUCGGUUUUGGAAACCGCACGGCAAGUUGCAAGUUUCUCCACUUCCUCUACUCCUCUACCUUAUGACCAAAUGAAGAACCAGUGUGAGGCCCUUGUAACAGGGAAACAACAGAAGAUGUCAGUCAUUCACAGUUUCAAGCACCAACAGAAGACUAAGGCCAUAGUUCUUUCAAGUAAAAGUGAAGUAGAAGUUCCCCCUCUACCUUUUAAGGCACUAGAAUAUUCAAAAGGUGAUUUGAAGUUAGUGUCUCAGAAGCAACUUAAAGUGCAGGAUCAAGUCCCCCUCCUUUCACAUGACCACGUGCAGCAAAAUUCUUUGAUAUUACCACCUUCAAGCCCCUAUGAUAAAUUCUUGAAAGCUGCCGGAUGUUAAUGAAACAAGAUUGCAAUAGAUGCCAUUUUUUCAUUCUUUGCGAUGAUGUAAACUAAAUGUUUCUUUACAUAGUUUCUACCAUUCAUAUC